GUAAAGACUGUAUCGCUAUUUUAUUAAGAAUUAAGAUAUUAUGAGAGAUAAGUUUCAAAGGUUUAAUUUAUUAAUAAGAAGUUUUCUUUUAUUGUUAAAUUAGUAUUAAAUAAUUGGGGAGAAUCAAGAAGGGUUGUGCACAUUUUUUUAUUAAGGAAAUAUAUUAUUUGUACAGUAUUUACUUAUUUCACGAUUAAUUAUAAUACUAUGUUGAAAAUAAAAAAUCUUAUCCUUCAUUUAAAAAUAACAAGAAAUACUUCUUGUGCUACAUGUACACGGUGCAACUAUUCGUUACAUCACAAUGCAAAAUUUACAGGAGAAAAGGAUAGAUUUAACGGCAUUACUGUUGAUUCUACAAGGCUACAAUGUAAAAAAGAAACAUUUUCUGAAAUUUUAGAUGAAUCACUUAAAAGUUGGAUUAUUGAAGGUAGAAGAUGUAUAUGGUUCAAGAUCAACAUAAAUGAUUCAGCUUAUGUUCCUAUGUUAGCCCAAAAAGGUUUUAAUUUUCACCAUGCCAGAGACGAUUUUGUGAUGAUGUACAAAUGGUUGCCAACUGAUUCUGAACCUAACUUGCCACCGGCUUGUCAUACAAAUCUGGGUGUAGGAGCGCUAGUGUUAAAUAGAAGAAAUCAAUUAUUAGCUGUAUCUGAAAAACACUAUGAUUACCCACACUGGAAACUUCCUGGUGGAUAUGUUGAAAGAGGUGAAGAUAUAGUGAAAGCUGCUCAAAGAGAAGUUAAAGAAGAGACAGGUGUUGACUCAGAGUUCUUAUCUUUAAUUACAUUCAGGCAUACACACAAUAUGAUGUUUGGCAAUUCAGAUAUUUAUAUACUCCUGAUGAUGACAGCUUUAUCAGAAAAAAUAACACUGUCACUAAGAGAAGUAAAAGAUUGCAAAUGGAUGAAUAUUGAGGAGUACACAAAUCAUCCUCAUGUACAUGAGUUUAACAAAUUGGUAAUCAAUCAAGCUCUGUUAUAUAAAAAUGGCAAUUUAAAACUAGAUAUACAAAGAAAAACUGUAAAAUGGUCUCAGUUUACGAGAGAGAUGAGCUACUUAAUUGUUAAUAAUUAUGACAAUAAAUAAAUAUUAUUUACAUUGUUACAUAACAUUUGUUAUUUAAAUAAAUAUUUUUUAUAUUGUUACUUGA